CUGCUCGGAGGUCGGCUGUUGUGAGCUGCAGUAGAGUUAGUGGCUGGCGCAGCGUUCUCUUCUCCCUCUCUCUCUCACACACACACACAAACACCUUUAGCUCACACGAACGGAACGAAACGAACGCACACCUUUCGGUCGGUCGGACUCCAGCAGCUGUGUCGCGUGUUGUUGUUGCUGCUGCCGCCGACUGGAGAUGCCGAUUUAGUCGCGCUCGGGAGAGAGAGCGAGUUGCCCGCGUCGUCGUCGUGUAAGGGAGGACUUGGCAGUUUUUUAUUCAGUCUUUCUCGCAUGGUGCAGUCGUGUUGAUCAUCCAACACGGCUCCCUCCGCCUGCAAAGUGUAUCACCCAGUGAGCCCUGCAGCAGCCACAUUGCCUGCCAACAUCAUCCAACCGUCUUUCCAGCACUACUUCCAGCAACAGCAGCAGCAGCAACAACAACAGCCCCCGCGCAACAACGGCCGCAGGAUGCUCGCCACCAUGUCCACUCUGAUGUUGCCCACCAUGACGGCCACCCUGGCCGCCGCCAACAACGUCCCACCCACGCAGGUGGCCAUGGCCGCCUCGCCGGCCGCUAUGGCCGCGCAGCAGCCACCCAAACAGCAGCUCCAGUCCGUCGACAAGCUCAUCGUCACGGCCAACAACCAUAAUUCCACCAUGAUCAACAAAACUGAACAUUACCACAUAUUCGUUGGAGACCUGAGUCCAGAAAUUGAAACCCAAACACUUAGAGAAGCUUUUGCACCUUUUGGAGAAAUAUCAGACUGCCGUGUAGUCAGAGAUCCUCAAACUUUAAAAUCAAAAGGAUAUGGAUUUGUUUCCUUUGUUAAAAAAGCGGAGGCUGAGAGCGCGAUCACCGCGAUGAAUGGGCAGUGGCUGGGCAGCAGGUCUAUUAGAACCAACUGGGCCACCCGCAAACCACCAGCCCCCAAGAUUGAAGGUCAGUUGGACUCAAACAGUAAACCGCUGACGUUUGACGAAGUUUACAAUCAGAGCAGUCCGACCAACUGCACCGUCUACUGCGGCGGCAUCACCAACGGCCUCAGUGAGGAGAUCAUGCAGAAGACCUUCUCAGCCUUCGGCCAGAUCCAGGAAAUUAGGGUUUUUAAGGACAAAGGAUACGCGUUUGUCAGGUUCUCGACCAAGGAAUCUGCCACUCAUGCCAUCGUAGCCGUGCACAACACCGACAUUAAUGGACAGACUGUCAAAUGCUCGUGGGGCAAGGAGUCCGGCGAUCCCAACAACACGCAAGCAGCAGGACAACCUCUGACCGGCGGGGCGCAGUACCCGUACGCGUACGGCCAGCAGAUGGGCUACUGGUACCCGCAGGGCUACCCGGCGACCGCGGCGCAGAUCCAGGGCCAGUUCCUGCAGGGCAUGCAGGGAUACACGGCGUACGGCACCCAGUUUGGCUACCAGCAGGCUGCGGCAGCACAGUACAUGGGAUCUUCCCCUGCCAGGGUAGGCAUGCAGCUGCCAGCAGCUACAGGGUGGCAGGGUAUGCCAGGGCAGCCCCAGAUGCCAGCCGCUGCAGCGGCCGCCCAGCAGAUGGCGGCGGCAGCCCAGGGCGCCGCGGCUAUUCAGCAGCCGACAGGCAUGAUGACUUACCCUGCCAUGCAGCAGUUCCAGCUCGCAGAAGAAGACUGGCUAACUCCGAGUCUCCUGGUCUAAAUCCGCCGCUUGUCACUCAACUCGCUCGCUCGGUCGGCGGACAGCAAAGCGCCUAUACACAUUCUCUACUUCAGUUUCGGCUACCAUUGGUCUAAUCCCUGUGAAAUUCUUGUCAAUUGCAACGGUUGAAAACAAAUAGCUAACUCACUCACUCGGAAAAAAAAGAAACGCGGACACACCGACAGACACACUCACACAUAUUCACUCGGAUCAAUUAAUCAGACAGUUCAGACGAAUUGCUUUUUUCUCUGCUGCUUUUAUCAUUCGGAAUAGUGGUUUAUUUCCGAGUUUUUAAUCUGGUUUCCGAGGAGAAUACGCAAAAUUCGACCCUACGCGGUCACUUUCUGUUUUUUUCAUUGAAUAAAUGAAACCGAAAUUCGCACUCCUAUGUUGCUGUUGUUGUUGGUUUACUUGGAGAGUAACGCAAUGACACUAACUUUGAUUAUUAUCUAUUCCAUGUACAAAUAUAUAAAAAUAUGGUUAUUGAUUAAAAUUUAGAUGAGGGUAUAUUAUCAAACAAAGAUGACGCGUAGUGUGUAUAUAAUAUUGCCCCGGAAUGCAGUGACUUGCAACACUUUUGUUAAGAAAACCUUUUCUUGCCAUUUUGCUUUUCGAGAUCAAAGCAACCUCAUGUGAUUGCAUUGUUUGGAGGUUCGGGAUUUUCAUAGGAAAAAGAGGAAACAAAUGACACACACACACACUCUCACUCACUCACUCACUCACACGGAUUUCUUGCCUUUUUCGCUUGCAAUAGAGAGAAACUAAAGCUAAACUCGCCUCGCGCGCGCGAACUAUAUAGCAGAAGCAGACAUUUGCAUGUAUUCCUUUGCGUCCGGUUUGCAUUUCUGUGAAAUUGAGACCAAUAUAAUAAAGUAAAGAACAAUCUUGAUUUGAGCUUCAGUGAAAAUUUUUCCAUGAUGAUGAUUAUGAUGAUGAGCGAAUGGAUUUAGUAGCGGCGUAGUUGAUAAGAGAAUGACGACGAAAAGAUGAAAAAUGGCCUAUCAAACAAACUAUUAACUUACAAACUAAACUGAAAAUAGCAAUAUGCCCCCGCCCCCUCGAAGACAAACACACACAUACACUCACUCACACACAAACAACAAGAUACCACUUCUUUGAGAAAAGCAUCAUAAGAAAAGUACGAUAUCACUCACACACUCACGCACGAUAUAAAUGAGAAUACGUUGUUGCAAGUCGCCCCAUUUUACGGUAGCGGUGAAACGAGUUGAAAAAAUUGAUUAACUACUAGCUGUUGUUAGUGAUCGCGAGAUCCAAAUGAUUCACUACUGUUGGGGGUAUAUAUAUUGACGAAGAUAAAAUGAGAGUGAACUAACACACAAAGAACACACAUACACACACACACACAUUGGUGAUUACACUAAAGUAUAAUUGAAAAAGGAAACCAUAGCGUUUAAGGUGUACUAUAUUAAACAACAAGAACACACAGAAACACACAUGUAAAAAUAAGCUUAAGUAAGAAAAAACUUUAGGCUAGAAUUAGAGAGUAAAGAUGAAAAUGAUGAGAUGAUGACGUUGAAGAUAUAUUCCACCAUUGAAUAAGAGCUAGUUGUUAAAUAAUUAAACAGGCAAAAAAGAAACACGCUGAUGGAAAAAAAACAGAGGAGUUGUUGAUUAUGUAGCUGUUUGGUUUUUUGUAAGCAAAACACAUACACACACACUCGACAAACAUUAGGAUGCUCAAUUGACGAUAAUUGUGUUUGUGUCAAGAACUGUGGACACUUCCUUACUUUGCCUUCCUUGUUGUCGUUGUCGUUUGUAGAUGUCACGUUUUUCCGUUCGCAGCCGGAUUUUAACCUGAAACACACACUCUCUCUCUCACACACACACACUUUCACUGAAACGCCAACUGUUCAGUCCAUCUCAACAGAUAAUCAAAUUUAAUCAAGUUAAAAAAGAGGGAAACGCGAGCAAUUUGUUUUGUAAAGUCAAUUUUAUGGUAGAGAGAUCGAACCCACUCUCACACAAACACACACACACACACGCGACAGACAGUAAUAAUUUUUAAACCGAAAGAAAGAAAGUAAGUAAGAAAGUCAUCUCUGAACGUGUAAAUGACGCGCGCGCAUUGAUUUUAAACCAACCAAAACGAACCAUUCGCGAAGUAGCAGACGAAACACACACACUUACCACGCAUACCUAAAUUGUCAAUUGCGACAAUGUAAUAAAAAGAAGCAAGAGCAUAUAGAGUAUAGUAGACAAAACUUAGGCGGUAAGAGGUGAAAAGCAAACAAAAUAUUCAUUAACACUUAAGUAAGGAACGUGACUAAAGAUAAGUAAGUGAAAGCUAUUAUAAACCAACACAAAACUCACCCACACACAAGAGACACACAUACACACAUACGCGCGCAUGGAUUACAUAAUACCCACACACAACACUAGAGAGCCAAACAGCCAUAAAUGAUUCUUAAUAAUUGUGACCACUUAACUGGCCAAACGCGGGAAAAUAGUGUAUUUAUUUUUGAAUCCCGUGCGUUCGGAUGAAAAAUUAAGUGAAUGAACCAACGGCCUGUUGUUUAUUCUUGCGGUAGUAGCUGCCGAGAUCCCCUGCCUACCUUUUUGCGGAGUUUCAAAAAAAAUAAGAUGAAAGAAUUCCUCUCUUCCAGAAGUUGUUUCCACUACUUCUUGUGUUGACAAAUGAAACUAGGAGCUAUCUAGACUAUGAUGGUGGAGUAAACCAAUCAUAUUUUGCACAUCGAAAUUUAAGGAAAAAGAAUAAGAAUUUUAUUACGACGAGAAUGAUACUGAUGAUGAAACAGUGCUGUUGAUUAAUCGAUUAACUGUUAUUGAAAAGAAGAUUUGAUUUUGUUUCCUGAUGUGUAAUGCGAAAAAAGAAAAGAAUAAAAAAGAACACUUCCUUUGUAUAAAUUACGAUUACGUGAUUGUAGCAUGAUGAGAGAUUGAUCCGGAAAAGUGCUGCGUGUAAAUGAGGAGACUGAGGCAAGAAACUUGAGGAUGAGACUUGAGUUUUUUUCUCGUUUUUAAAACAAAUAACAAACAAACAAACUGCUGAGAUGAGAUGAUGCUGAGACGAGUUGUAUAAUUAACUAAAACUAGUUGUAUAACCACUGUGGCUCAUAUCAACAUAAAUAAGAGAAGCGAGUGAGGACGAUGGCGAGGAGAUUUUUUAAGUACGCGCGCGUGCAUGUGCCCGUCGUCUGUCACCCACGUUUACUGCAUCUCCAUUCGAUACGUUCAAUUAAUUGAUUCAUUAUCAAUGAACAAGGUGAUACACGUGGAAAACAGCAACAACUCCUAUGCUAAUCCGCUGCUGUUGUCGAAUCUUUGGUUGGCUCGUCGGCGCUGAUUUUGUGUCAUCGAGACACAAGGCAAGUGAGCUGCAGGACGAGUCGCCAUCUUGCAAGAUGGCGGCUCCUGCUGCUGCUUUUCCGGCCUUUCUGAUCUGUCCGGUCUUGUUUGCAGAGCGUGACGCUGAUGAGCAAUUAAUUACUACUCCCCGAUAUCCUGUGUGGACUCGAACCCAGCCACUUGACACACAUAAACACACACGAAUCAUUAAAAUAGUGGAAUGAGCCGAUUUUUUAGCGAAUGACUGGUAUGAGAAGAAGAAAAAGCUGGUUGGAAAACUGACUCGGAGUGUUGAAUAUAUUGAAUCAAGCAAAUUCUGGAGCAACGUCACGCCCGCCAGUUUGGGGCUUUUUUCUAUGUCCUCCCCUAAAUCAAAAUAGUGCGUUGGAGUUAGAAUUCCUUGAAACACGGGAGCAAUUUUACUGAAACCUCGAACGGCCUAGCCGCUCACAGACUGGUCCUUCUGCUAGCAAUUGCUUUUUACCAAGCUCUUCAACCGAAUACACGCACAACCGGCCGCGGACGGCUUGCUUACAUAUUUUUAUUCAAAGCAUUCUAAAUAAAAUUGUCAAAAUCCGUUUCAAGCAGCUGCGGACGCACGAGUCGCGCCGAGAGAAAUAUUUUUGGAGCAACAAUUAAUUAGCUAAUUACUUUUGGAAGUCAUAUUUUCCCAACGUGUUUUGGAUACGAGAGCAAGCGAAUCAAACUUAAAACAGACGCGUAGCUGUAGCCGAAUAGCAGUCAAAGCAACCAAAACAUCAGGAGGCGCCGCUUUUCCGUUCGCAGCUGAUUUCGCCUAGCAUCGAAUCACAAAUUUUCUCAGUCAAAUUCCAGCGCACAACUAACUUUCUCCAACUUUUUAGUCUUUUUCGGGUAUCCUGUGUGUCAAAAGCGGUCGAGAGUGGUUCUUUACUUUGAAUUUUGGUUGGGUGAUCGUAAAGAAAACGUGCAGCCACGUGAGAUUGGAAAUGGGCGGAUGAAGUUUUGUCCUAUUUCAAUUCCCCUGGCUUCAAUUUCGGGAUAUUUGGCUUUAAUUAAAUCUCGUUUUAGCACAAAGGCUACUUUCAACCACGCAGAACCCUGAAAGGGCAAAUGCCACGCAUUUCUGUUCUCGCCGAAUCGAAUUUCAAACGCGCCCCGGACCCGGGUGGCGUGCCCGUUGCUCCACCAAGAAGUGAUGUAUUUGUAAUAAGGGAUAUAAAUUACUAAAGUAAAAAAAUCGAGGUAUAUAAACACAUGUUAAAUACUACGCUGUAAGACGAGAAGUAAGAAAAUGUUAUUGAGUUUGCGCGCAGAUGAGAUGACACGACGUUUUAUACUGGGAAAAAAUCAUCCUCGAGCGUGUAACAAGCGUUCAGUUGUUCGUUUUUUCCUGCCAGCAACAAGUUUGGAAAACUACUUUUACUCCUUUUGCUUUGAUUUCCAGCGAGCGAGAACCGAGAGAAUUAUUUGAUUCGUACGAGAGACACGGUCACGGAAAUGAAAAAAAAACGAGCGCGGGCGGUAGCACUCAGCAGCCGCGUGCGAUAUGAUGAAAAAUAUAACUGAAAUGUUGGCUGUUUUUACCGAAAAAAAAAGAAGAAAAUUAAAUAAGCAUGUAUCAUCUCUACACACUCACACUGAAUGUUUGCACUGAAAAUCGCGAACGACCGCUGCUUUUAUGGGCGGAGGAUUUUUUUGUAUCAUUUGAAAGCUGAACGAAAAUCAAUUGAAAAUCCGCCCAUAUAAUUCAGCCGGUUGACCGAGACGAAUUUUUAAAUCCUCAAUGGCGAACGCACCUCGUUGUGACCUGUUAAAACACUGUGUUUGUUGAAGGUAACGUUAACUGUUGAUUUUCGAGAGCAACCCUCGAGACUGCGAGACAAAAGUUUGCCGGAAAAUAUAAAUGUAUUCGAAAGUGAAAAGCAGUCAAUAAAACGCAUGCAAGAAAGAGAAAACGGCUCAAAGGAUGUAAAUAUAAAACGAACAUUUCUGUGUGUUUUUCAAAAGAGUUAAUUAAGAAAAAAAUAAAUUAAAACAGCCGUCUCCAUUUUCUUUGUUUUUUGUCAGUGUUUUCGACGAUGUUUGUCUUUGAAAUGCAAAAAUCCAUCUCGUGCACAUAAGUGUAACAAAGCUAUAUUUAAUAUCUCGAUGAGAAAAAGAAGUUAUCGGCAGAAUAUCGUCGUUCGUCGCGCCCAUUCGCAGUGAAAGAAAGAAAACAAGAGUUCAAUUCGAAGCAAUCCCCCGUUCAUGCAUUCAUUCAACACUCACACACGAACACGCCCACACAAACACACACUUUGAUUGAACAAUCAGAACCAAUUGUGUAACGUAUUUUGUUUCAAUUGAUGCAGUACGCGAAUGAAUUUUGGGUAAAUAAUAGCGAUUCAAUUCAAACGAGGGCUAAAUUUGGUGAAUAUAAAACGUUGAAAUGAAAACAAAACAUAAUGCAAAAUGACGAUGAAACCCCUUAAGUUGUAAGACGAUCCAGAAAAUGUCAUUACGGUAUAACAAAAAUCGCAAAAAAAACAUACAUGAGAAGAAACAAUGCAAAAGAAGAUAAUGUGUAAGAUAAAAAGUAAGAUUUUAUACUUUUCAAUGAUGAGAGAACAGUGAAAAUGUUUAUUAACAUGAUAAGCGAACUUAGUUAGUAAGGGAAAAGUUAUGAAAUAAGACACACAAAAUGAAAAUGAAAUAAAAAAACCUUGAAAAAUAAAAAACAAA